AUGCAUAAGCACAAUGAGGAAAGUCUGGGUGAAUCCAAACGUGCUGAAAGUUAUGUGGGAAGUCCGAACACUAGUGGAAGUUCUAAAGCAGGCGUUAAACAAUUCGGAUUUCAUACGGAAACCUGCUGUGGAUUUCUACCCCAGAAAAACGAAUGGUGUGAUGACUGGGCAACUUUUUUCGUUAGAAACAGGCUAAAAGUGCAAGUUGACAUGCUGAUCGAGAAAGGAAAUAGAGACGUUCUUUCCAUAUGGCCAGAACUGGAAAGGAAAUCGACAUCACUUCUUACUCCAUGUGCAAACGUGGUGCCAGCAUUAGUACACGGUGACUUGUGGAGCGGAAACUGGUCUUCCGAUGGCGAUGGUCCAGUGAUUUUCGACCCUGCAAGUGCAUUUUGUGAUCCAGAGUACGAACAGGGUAUUAUGGAUAUGUUUGGUGGCUUUGGAAGCGACUUCUGGGUAGCCUAUCAUGCUGUACUUCCAAAACGACCGGGAAGAAAGCAGCGCGUCCUCCUCUAUCAUCUCUUUCAUUCUCUUAAUCACUGGUAA